AUGGCGUUCCGAAAUGCAGCUACCAAACUCUAUAUUGAUAUCGGGGUCCAUCAGUACAAUAACAAACUCGCCCAAUGGUGCAACGAUACACUGGACGGCGCGCAAACAGACUAUGCCGAGUUUAGCCUGACUGGGAAGAAGAGGGUUCUCAUCACGCGAGACCCUGAGCAGAUCAAGGCCAUCUUGGCAACCAAGUUCGCCAACUUCGGACAUGGUCCCCAGUGGAACCGCCUUUGGCGACCAUUUCUCGGCGAGGGCAUCUUUGCGACCGACGGUGAUGAUUGGCAUCGCAGUAGAAGACUAAUCCGGCCCAUGUUUGUAAAGGAGAGACUGCGAGAUCUAGUCAUUUUCGACAACUGUACCAGGAAACUAUUGUCAAAAUUGCCGCCGUCUGGAGUGACGGUCGACAUCAAGGACCUGUUUUACCGCUGGACUCUAGAUACCACGACAGAGUUUCUUUUGGGCCACAAUGUCAAUAGUCUGGAAAACCCCAAUAAUGAAAUUGCAGAGGCAAUGGCCGUCGCCCAGAGGAUACAGAUGUAUUUAUUCGUCUUAAACCCCAUCGCUGCUCUGAUUCCGAAAGGAGAUUACUUUCGUUCCAUUACAAGACUUGAAGAAUUUAUUGAGCCAAUUAUCCAACGUGCUAUUGCAAUGCCUCAGCAUGAACUCGAGGAACUUUCAAGGACUGACAGUCAAUAUACCCUCCUGCAUAGCAUCGCUCGAGUGACAAAAGACCGGAAAAUUAUUCGGGAUGAAAUCAUGUCGGUCCUCCUGGCUGGGAGGGACACCACCGCAUCUACAUUGUCGUGGGUCCUGUACGAGAUGGCAUAUGCCCCCGAGACUUGGGCAAAGCUGCGUGAGGAAGUCCUCAGCGAGCUGGGUCCCCACGGUAUGCCGACGUACGAGUCCCUCAAGAACAUACAGUACCUGAAGAAUGCUCUGAACGAAGUGCUCCGACUUCACCCAGCCGUACCCAUCAACAUACGCCAAGCCUUGGAGAACACUACCAUACCAGGCGCCCCUGGUCAACCCGACGUCGUAAUCCUCAAGGGCGACACAGUCACGAUAAACACAAUCGGCAUGCACACACGAAAGGACCUGUAUCCCCCUGCUUCCAAAACUUUUGCUAGUCCGGCCGUAUUCAGCCCCGAGCGCUGGGAGCACUGGACGCCGGCACCGUGGACCUACACGCCAUUCAGCGGUGGACCUAGGAUAUGUGUUGGUCAGAACUUUGCUUUGACUGAAAUGGCCUUUUGCUUGGUUCGGCUUGCCCAGACAUUUGAGCGACUAGAGUAUCGAGGAGACUGGCAUGCACAGAGCUUGAGAGCUGACAUUAUCGGAACGCCGGCACUCGAAGUGCCAAUAGCUCUGUUUGAGCCGGAGCUGUAA